AUGUCUACACCCAAGAGUGGAGAUCCUAUCACAGAAAAGGAGCUUGGUCACCUACUAGAUCUUCUGAAGAUUCCAGUCAGUGAAUUACAGAAUGUUGAGGACUCCUUUUCAUCUCCCAGUAUCCACUUAGCAGCUGAAGCCCAUGCCUUAGAGCAAUUCAGCUGUAAAUACAAGAGCUGUAGAAACUUCAAACAUCUUCCCCAAUAUCUACAUGACAUCUUUCAGUCUCUAGUCAAGAAAAGACUUUGCAAUCAUGAGUGGAGGCUGCUGGCACCCCCAGAAAACCUUUUGCCUUUAUUGGUUUCUUUACGCAUCUUAAUGCGAGACAGUAAUUACCAAACUCUCUUCUUUGAACUAGAUGCUACCCCAAGCCUUGCACAGAUUCUCAAAGAUAAUAUCUCUAGUUAUCUUGAAUAUGGAGAAAGACCAUUUGUAAGAGACAUCCUCAAAGAAAUCACAAGUAUAUUCCACAAACUCUCAACAACCAUGAAACACAGGAGUUGGCUGUUGGCUGCUGAUGUACAUAAGUCUUUGGUGAUUUUGAUUUCAUUUCCUGAUCUACUGCUGAUACACUGUGCCCUUCAUGCCCUUAUAACCUUGGCUAAGAGCCCUGAACUAUGUCAACAGAUUGGGAAACUAAACACAGUGGAGACCAUUCUGAAGAUCAUAGAAGAAUAUGAUGGAACCUCCAAAAAAUUGGCAUCUAAUCUUCUGCGCCUGUUGUUGUGUGAUGACCCACAAAGCCGAGAAAUGGUGAAGAAUUAUGAUGGAAUUCCAAUUUUACUCAGUCAGUUUCACAAUUCUGACACAGAACUGCAGUGGGAAGUGGUCUGGUGUUUAGUAAAACUAAGCGAACAACCUGACGCUCGGCAUGAAAUAAAGCAAUUGGGUGGCAUCCCUUUAUUGCUUUCACUUUUACAUUGUGACACUUCACAUAAUUCUCAGCUGCAUAAUGCCAAAAUGCUGGAAAUUAACUACUCUCUCAAAUCUGCCUGCUGUGCUGCUUUGACUGAACUUGUGUUGAAUGAUACAAAUGCUCAUCAAAUUGUCCAGGCCAAUGGCAUAUACAUUUUGGGACAACUCAUUCUACCCAGACCUUAUAGUCACAAGAAGGAAGGAAAAGCCAUUGAGACACUACAGAAAAAUUCCUUCCGUACAUUACGCUUCUUGUUUAGUGUGGAACGAAAUCGUCGCUUAUUCAAACGGUUAUUUCCUUCUGAGCUUUAUGAAAUGUUUAUAGAUGUUGGACAUUACAACAAAUAUUUAGCCAACUACCAACGUUUGGUUGAAAAGAUCUCAAGUCUUCCUCCCGAAACUAUCCAAGUGAUUAAGAAUAAUGUCCUUGAAACUGACCAGAAUAAGAGACCUGACCAAUACAUUGGUGAUUAUGCUGUUUUUGAAUUGCUUGGUAGUGGAGGAUUUGGUUCAGUAUACAAAGUGAAAAAGACGACUGCUGGACAGUCCUUUUUAGCCAUGAAAGAGAUUAACAUUGAAAGCCCUUUGUUUGGUAAGAAUGAAACGGAAAGAUGCAACAGUCUUGGAGCAAUGAUCAGUGAAUUGAAUAUCAUCCGAGAACAGUUGCGGCAUCCAAAUAUUGUUCGCUAUUAUAAAACAUUUAAAAUAGAUCUCAAGCUGUACAUUGUUAUGGAGCUAAUUGAGGGAGCUCCACUGAAAGAACAUUUUAAUUCAUUGAAAGAGAAGAAACUAAAAUUUGAAGAGAACAGAAUCUGGAAUAUUUUCAUACAAAUGUUGCAAGCUCUGCGGUACUUACACAAGGAGAAAGGCAUUGUACAUCGAGACUUAACACCAAAUAAUGUCAUGUUAGACGAAUGUGACAGAGUUACUAUCACGGACUUUGGUUUAGCCAAGCGAAAUAAAGGUAAUCAAAAUGGAAUGAUGUCUAUGGUGGGGACAAUCCUAUAUUCCUGUCCUGAAAUAAUAAAGAAUGAACCCUAUGGAGAAAAGACUGAUUUGUGGGCUCUUGGAUGUAUUGUUUAUGAAAUGUGUACUUUGGUGCCACCAUUUUACUCUUCAAACAUGCUAACCCUCGCAAAGAAGAUUGUUGAGGCUGACUACAAACCUGUUGCUGAGGGUCUUUAUUCAACUCAGUUAUUAGGGAUAAUUUCAAGUUGUCUGUCAGUUAAGGCUGAAGAUCGGCCUGAUGUGUUGGAAUUAAGUGCCCAAGUAACAGACAAAAUGCUUCUCCAUAUUGACCUCCUUCAGGCCAGGGAAAACGGAUUAAAGAAAAAACUAGAAAAAGAACGAAGAAGAACUCAAAAAUAUGUUUUUGAGGCAGUCAGUAACCAACAAAAUUACCAAAAAUUGUUUCUUGCUUCUCAAGAACAUUUUGAUCAUCAGGUCAAUUCCAGUGCCAAUUCAAGUGUUAAGGAAGAUGACUUUACUGAUUCCAUUAAUUGUGACUGUAAUUCUGUGUGCAGAAAGGAAAGGCAAUUGUGCCAAUCAGAAUCUACAGCUGUCACUGCUACUGAUGCUAUUCCUGAAAUUGAUGACCAAGGUACCUGGACUUGUGAUGAAGAUCUGUGUGUGAGUUGUAGCUGUAACAGUAGCUUGAAUCUGUGCCCUCAAGGUGGAGCCUGCUGUAGUGCCAAUGCAAGUCAAAAUGAUUGGCUGAGUGAGAGCAGCCCAGAUGCACCCAGAUCCUCUACAACUAACACUAGAUCCAUUAAUGAUUCCAGGGUUGACAGUAGUUUCUCUUCACCCAAUGACAAUUGCCUCCUCCCUGCUCACAGGCAUCCAAAUGUUAAUGGAGCCACUGUCCACAGCCAAAGCUCCUUGCCACGGUAUUCACCAAACUCAACUACCUCACAGAGUCAAACAGAAAGAAGUCAACGGCAGCAGCAGCAGCAGCAGAAAGAUCCUUUGAGUCCACUCUCCUUGCUUAUUCCAAAUACAGCAGUGAAAUCAAUUGAAGAGUCUGGUUCUCCAUCUCCUGGGAGUCCAGCCCAGGCUAAUCAUAGCUCUCCUUCUGAAGCAACUCAUCUUGGCAUAUUGAAACUUGAUGAUUCCAGGAAUUCCAACAACUUCUAUCCCUCCAGUGGUUCCCCAGUUUCCAACCAUGUUGCUUGUGGCAACCAACGAGGAAGGCGCACUGGCAGUGCUCAUGCUGCAACAGCAGCAGCAGCAGCUUCUCCUGCCACAGUUACCAUUUCUCACUGCCGUGUCCGCCAGGUCAGUGACCCUAUUCUCCAGUUGCUGCAUCCCUUGCACAAGAUUAUCUACAUAACCCAGCUACCGCCACCUCUCCAUCCUAACAAAAAGAGACGGGUGAUUGAGCAGUUUUUCAAGAGAGCUCUUUUUUCUUCCCAGAGUACAUCUGACAGCCUCAAAAAAGAACUAAAAAAGCUGUUGAAUGGUUCACCUGAGCUAAUUGAUCUUGGAUGUGGAUUAACAGAUGGGCAUUUUCAAGGGCCCAAUACACUAAAUUUCCCUGGACAUUCCUCUGGACAAAUGGAAAAUGGUCAGAAAGAUGGGAAUGAAGUCUCAAACUGUGAACUGAUUGACUGUGAUAUUGGAGUGACUUAUGAACAAAUGCAAGCAAUCAUUGAAGGAGCUCUCAUAGAAAGUGGCUAUUACCACAUGCCUUCACUAGGGACACAUCUCAAGAUACAUGAGAAGAUGUUCCAAAAUCAUCUUCUUCUCCUUCUCCUUCUUCUUUUCCUUCUUCUUCUCCUUCUCCUUCUUCUUUUCCUUCUUCUUCUCCUUCUCCUUCUUCUUCUCCUUCUCCUUCUUCUUCUCCUUCUCCUUCUUCUUCUCCUUCUCCUUCUCCUAUAUUACUCUACAUAUCUCCCAAAUACAAAUAAGUAG